UCCUGUCAUUUAUCAGCGUAUCCUUGAGGUCAUGCAGCUAUCGGCCUACAUUUGACACCGUCUUUAAAUGGCCACAUCAGCAGACAGAUAAUCAGUGAGAUAAAGAACAGCAUCUUCCAUGCCAGCUCAAGGAGGGGUGGAUGUGUAUAAAUUGAGGCCUUUGGGGAAUCACAAUCUCACGGUCUGCUGUAGCGCUUCAUCAUCAGCUGCCUUCAACCCGACGAGCCUGCAGCCAUGUCCUUUAAUGGAACCUGGAAGAUCGACCGCAGUGAGAACUAUGUCAAGUUCAUGGAGCAAAUGGGUGUUAAUCUUGUGAAACGCAAGGUGGCAGAGCACGACAACCUGAAGAUCACCAUCGAGCAGAACGGGGACAAGUUUCACGUCAAAGAGUCCAGCACUUUACGCACCAAAGAGGUUGACUUCACUCUGGGCGUUCCGUUCGACUACACCCUGGCUGAUGGCACUGAAGUCUCAGGUGCAUGGGAGAUGGAGGGGGACAUGAUGAAAGGCAAAUUCACCAGGAAAGACAACAACAAGCUCCUGACCACUACUAGAACUCUGGUGGGCGGAGAGCUCGUGCAGAGCUACAACUAUGAAGGGGUGGAUGCCAAGAGGAUUUUCAAGAAGCAGUAACCUGGAUAUUGAAGUUCAAAUUUUAUUUUUAUAUAAAUCACACAGCCCAGUGAACUGUAUCUGAAGUUAUUGUUGGCAUUUAGCUUAUUUUACAAAAAGAAUUAUGGUCACCAUGUUCAUGAAACACUGAAAUGGUCACACAGCGCAGUUAAAUUUGCAUCCCUUUUCCUAUGAAAGGAGAAAACAAACACUAAACAGCAUCCUGGCAGUGGAUAUCUAUCUGUAGCAGUAGCUAAACAUUCAAAUGGGUUUAGUUUUAUUUGUCUUGGAGGGGUUCGGGAUUAUCCGCACAUCAUAGUUUCAACAAAUUUCACAGGACUCAUUCAUUGGUAUGGUGUAGGUUAUCCACAGUAAUGGCUGUUUUCAGGUAAAGCUCCACAGCAACAUGAAAUACAUGAAAUGUUAUUGUGUGUGUUCAAACAGGGGGAAAAAAUCAAAUUGCACUAAUGGUUCUCAUGUAUCAGAUUGUCCUCUACAAUAAAGCAUGUUUAUAAUGUCA